CGCCUUCGCUAUAUCUUCUCUUGUCAGUCGUCGCUCGAGCGCGUCGCGACGCGAAGCCUUCUUUUUCCGUGUUACCUGUCUUGUGACUGCUACAGCCAAUGACGUAUCCUCGCGACAGAAACUGAUUGUUAAGACGAAUACUGGGAUUUCAAAGGAAAAUGAGAACGGUUUGUUAAUAGCCUGAGAAAUCACGUAAUGCUUCGCCGAAAAGAGACGACACUUUCGCAAACGGCCGCUUGUUCACCGUUCCUUUAGUUCGCCUAGUAGCGCGUCUUUAGUGAUCGCAUCAUGUGGAACCGCAAGGUGUUCAUCAGAAUAAUCGAAGUGCUCCUGUGCGUCGCGUGCGUCGUGGCGCUUAGAGUGACGGACGAUGAGAGCCGAAGGGUGUUCCAUUACCUGAGGAAUCGCAGCAGGGAGUGGUCGCUGCUGAACAACGUGACGUGGGGCAGCAUAGGCGCUGCCCUCGCGACCGCGACCUGCGGCGGAUACAUCAUCAUAACGACGGGUCUUUUGAUCGCCGCGGCGACCGGGGAGCUCCGCGGCCGAAAGACGGAAUUUUUCCUCCUCGGCCUGGGUGUGAUUCUCUUCGGGAUAGUCGGCGCCUUGUCGUUGGCGUCCAUCGACAGCGUUCCCGAGGACCUGGUUGACAAUGCCGCGGUUUUGGGCGCGCUGUGCUUGAUCACCGCGUUGGUGUUCAUCGGAGAUUUGCUGAUGAGCCCGCCCCGCCAGAAGGACAAGCAGGACGAAGCGCGAAUCCUCGAGAAAGAGAAACGUCAGGUGACGCCGGUGGUGACCGCCGAGGACGCGAAAAAGUCGAAACCAACCGUCGUCAAGAUCCCCGAGGACGAGAACGGUCGCGUGAACGAUGCUUUCCAGAAGGCGGAAGGUCGCUCCGAUUCCGCGAGAUCGCAGCAGGAAUCGCCCGGUACGCGUCCGCGGGACACCCGGGACGAUCGCGAGCUUCGCGGCGAUCAGGAGCCGCGGGAACGCGCGCAGAAUUUCGAGAAUGGCCGAGCUCUGCGCGACUCGCAGCGGUACCGGGAGAUCGAGGUGCCGCGUACGGUCGCGUACGAUCCCGAUCGCAGGAUCGAGGAGUCCAGGAUAAUAUACAAGAGCCGGGACAUCUAUCAGCGGCCGAUCGACGAGCUCGACACGCCGCGCUUCCCGACCGAGUACGAAAAGGGCGACCCGGUCUUCGCGAGGAUCGUCAAUCCGAGCGUGAAGAUCAUGAAGGUCGAGCGAGACGUCGAAGAGGCGCUCGAUAACUACAACAGAUAUUCGGACAACAGCCAGUACGACAACGUGCCCACCAGGAUGCGAGGACAUUCCGGGAUCCUGAAAGGUCAUCAACGCGACGUGUCCUUCAACGUGCCACCUCCGCCCAAGGAUUAUCGAUCCAAAAGAUCCAAGGACGACAUUGAGAUGCUGGACGAAUAUUUCGGCGUGCUGAGAACCACCGGCACGCAGACUGCAAGGUCACCGUCCUCGCCGACCGAUCCGGGAUACGUUCGGCACACUGCAAGUAACUGGCCGCAGGACGUUAAGUCGAGCACGCCGAGACCUAGCCCGGAACACUCGAGAAUUUAACCCUUUCAUGCACACGCGGGCACUCUUUCUCUAAUUACAAAUUAAUUGGCCAAUUUUAGUUUAGUAAGAACAUUAAUUAUUUUUUUUCUCUAAUUAGUAAAAUUAAUAAUUAAAACUUGAAGAUUUUUUCUUCACUAACAAGUACUAUCUCUUAUAAUUAUUAUCUGUAUUCUGUUAUCUCUGUAAUUUAAUUUGUUAAAUAUUUUCACAAAUAAUUUAGCCAUGAAAGGAUUAAAGCAAGAUGCAAUAAUCGUUGAUAUUAUAUGUACUCUUCGAUAUUUUACAAGAUUUUUGUAUAGAGACGUAAUAACAAAGGGACAAACCUCGUUAAGUCCAAAAAGAUUUUACACUCUCGAAAAAAAAAUGUUAUAAAAUUGAACAAAAAUUUUUUAUGUACAUACAUAAUUGACUCGAGACUCAUUUGAUUCUUCGACUCAAGCUCAAAUUUCAAGAUAAUGAAGCAAAAUGUAGAUUUUUGGACUUAAUUAUUGUGUAUUAGGAACACGCGAGAUGCCACAACGCAUUUAUAUUUAAAUAGUUAAUUAUAAAUAAAUUAGAAGAAUAGCUGUAUCACAGAACUGCAAUAAUUUCGGAGCCUUAAUAAGCCUCUCAAUAUUUUCUGUUGGUUUACGUAUGCGUUAUUUUUGAAAGUUUUACUUUGCAGACCUGUGCAAUAGUCGGGAUUGCGAGAUAAAACUCGGGAAGGAAUAACACAUCUGUUUUUUUUUUUACACGUAAAAAUUUCAAUAUAAAGUUAAUAUCUUCGUUCACAUCUCAUACUUCUAUAUGCAUAUACGUACAAUUAUUAUUAAUAAUCUGAUGAUAACAUAUAAUCGCUGCAUGGUUAGUCAUCUGUUCAACACUCAUCCGGGACGUGUGUUAAUAUCAGUGUGUUAAUAUUACACCGCCGCGAUUGAUAUAAUUUUUAUUCGCGUUUACGCCUUGUCUGUGUUUUCUUUAUGUGUGUAAACUCGUUAAAACGUAUAAAUAAAUGCUAUACAAGUCCAUCGUUUCAAGUCACCCGAUAUGGACGAUUUAGAUA